CGUUAGUUAAUGAUUAUUUGCACUACAGGAUUAUUGAUGUUAGCACAAUCAAGGAAAUUGUCAGUUGGUAGUAGUGGUAGUCAGACACCAUCGCCUAGCGGCGAUUGCGUAAAAUAUCUCGAUUCGAAUUCUCCAACGGAUGCUUGCCUGACUUCUGGCGUGUGAGCGUUUACAAACAGUAAAUACAUACGAAAUAAAACGUAUCGGAAGAAAAGUGAAAUCGUAUCAGCUGUGUUAUAACGAGAAAUAUUUGAGGCACAAAAAGUUAUCCAAAAUGAAUGAUACACGUAACAUGAAGAAGGAUAAAAAUCAGCAUAUACAGGUUUUCGUGCGUGUUAGGCCAAUAAAUAAUUCUGAGAAAAUUGGGAAAUCAUUCUUAGCAGUGGAAUUACCAUCUAACAAAGAAGUAGUAGUGCAUGAAAGGUCACAGGGAACUCACUCCAAAAAAUUUACAUUUGACAAAGUAUUUGGACCUUCCUCAAAACAAAUAGAUGUAUAUAAUGCAGUUGUUAAUCCAUUGCUUGAAGAGGUACUAGCAGGAUAUAAUUGCACAGUGUUUGCCUAUGGUCAAACUGGAACUGGAAAAACAUUUACUAUGGAAGGUGUUAGCAAUGAUCCAACAUUACAUUGGCAAAGUGAUACAACUGCUGGAAUUAUACCUCGUGCAUUGAGUCACUUGUUUGAUGAAUUACGUUUGUUGGAAGCACAAGAAUACACAGUACGAGUUAGUUUUCUUGAAUUAUAUAAUGAAGAAUUAUUUGAUCUGCUAUCACCUAACGAUGAUGCAUCUAAAAUAAGGCUUUAUGAAGAUGCAACAAGAAAAGGGUCAGUAAUUAUUCAUGGAUUAGAGGAAGUAACUGUACAUAAUAAAAAUGAGGUUUAUAAAAUCCUAGAGAAGGGGUCUGAAAAAAGACAAACAGCUGCAACUUUAAUGAAUGCUCAUUCAAGUCGUUCCCAUACAGUAUUUUCUAUUACUAUUCAUAUAAAAGAGAAUAAUGUAGAUGGGGAGGAGCUUUUGAAAACUGGAAAAUUAAAUUUGGUAGAUUUAGCUGGGAGUGAGAAUGUUGGAAGAUCUGGUGCAGUUGAUAGGAGAGCAAGAGAAGCAGGAAAUAUUAAUCAAUCAUUAUUGACUCUUGGUCGAGUUAUAACAGCACUUGUUGAAAGAGCGCCUCACAUACCAUAUAGAGAGUCAAAAUUAACGAGACUUUUGCAAGAAUCAUUAGGCGGACGUACAAAAACAUCAAUUAUUGCAACAGUAUCCCCAGCAAGCAUAAAUAUUGAGGAAACAUUGUCAACAUUAGAUUAUGCUCAUCGUGCCAAAAAUAUCACAAAUCGUCCUGAGAUUAAUCAGAAAUUGUCUAAAACAUUGCUUAAAGAAUAUACAGAAGAAAUUGAAAGACUUAGAAGAGAUUUAUUAGCAGCACGUGAACGAAGUGGUGUAUAUUUGGCACAUGAAAAUUAUAACGAAAUGCAAUCAUUAAUUGAAAAUCAGGGUAAGGAAAUUGAAGAAAAAAUAACUCACAUGAAAGUGAUGAAGGAAACUAUGGAACUUAAAGAGCAAAUAUUCAAUGAUUUAAAAGCAAAACAUGAUGAGCAAACUUAUCAUCUACAUGAAACCAGGGAACAAUUAGAAACUACCACACAUGCUUUAAAAUCGACUGCUGCACUUUUAGAAAUGACAGAACGUGAGAAAGAAGAACAACAUUAUUUAGUAGAAAAACAUGCGUCUACAGAGAAAGAACUUUUAUUACAGGCACAAACACUUUUGAAUGUUGCUGAUAUGGCUACAACUGAUGUAAAUAAGCUUCAGGAUAAAAUUUCUUAUAAGAGGCAAUUAGAACAGACAAACGAACAUCUCGGUCAUCAAUUCCGAAAUAGCAUUGCAAAACAGUUUCAAGACAUGGAAAAUAAUGUUACAGUUCAUUCACAAAAUUUUCUACAAUUUUGUACUUCUGUGAAAAAUAAAAUAGAUUCACAAGUAAAACAAUUCAAAAAGGAUAUAGAUUUGUUAAUCCAUCAUAUGUCAAAUGAUAUUGUUAAUAAAGAACAAUUAGCAGUGGAUGAAUUCACAAAAAAUGUAAAUAAUUCGUAUGGAUACUAUCAACAAUGGUUGGACACAGAAAUGAAAUAUUCAUCUGACACAGCUCAAAACGAACAAGAAUUUUUAAAUGAUACAUCCUUAAAAUUAACAUCAAAAAUUAAUGAUUUGAUACAAAUUAAUAGUUUACAAGUUGCAAAUAAUUUACGCCAUUUAAAUGAUGACGUAUCUCAGAAAUUUGAUAAAUUAUUGGCAUAUACAAAUGAAUCAAUGAAACAACUUUGUAAUCAUAAAAUACAGGAACGUGACAAUUUACAUAAAAGUAUAAACGAGAUAAGACAAAAUGUACAAGCUAUUCAUGAAGGUAAUGGUAAAAUUAUGGAGGAACAAGAAAGUUUUAAGAAGUCAUUUGAAAAUCUAUGGCUACAAUUUAAUAAGUUGAAUAAAAAUGUGACUGAAAAUUAUUCUAAUGCAUGCGCUACUGUAACUUGUGUUAAUGAACUAUGCGACAGCACGGAUAUCGUUAUUCUCGAUAAUUACCACAAAACUGUUGGAGACAAUAAGUCUCUGCAAGAGAAAAUUCAGAGCAAUAUAGACAUACUUAAAAGUGAUAUUGAUCAUAAUAUGAUAAAGAAUCAAGCUAUAGCAGAACAGAUUGCAGUAGAAGGCCAUAAUUUAACUGACCAAUUUCAAACUAAUAUAAACAACCAUUGCAAUGUAUUAACACAGAACAAAUUACGUGUUGAAGAUAAUAUGAAACAAAUGCAACAAAAAUUCAUAGAAGAUAAUUCUUCUUCUAUUGGAUGCAUUGAGAAUAUCCAUGAUAUACUAAUGCAAGGACAUGAUAAUCACAUAAAACUUGUAAAAGAAAAAGAAAAGAAAAACCUACAAGUAUACAUAGAAUUAAACGAUGAAAUUAAAAAGCAAAGUGAAAUUUCAUUUGAUUGGAAUAACGAGACGACUACGAAAUUGACUUCAAUACAAGAAAGAAUUGGGAAAUUCUUCUUUGAAGAUUUACAACGCGAUACACCAACAGGUUUAACACCUGCAAGAAAAGAUUACCAUUACCCACGACACUUCGUCCAAACUUCACCUCAUGAUCGAAUUAUUAGGAGGUUGAGAGACAAGAAUAACCAUGAAAGCUCUGAUGAUGAAGAAACAACGUUGGUCAAUAAUAACACACCGAAAAAGCAAUGGCCAAACGCAAAUUAGACACUUCCACAACUGG